ACGAUACUUCCUUUCGCUGAUCGCAAUUAAAGCUUUUUACAUCCCACCCUUUGUAAGGCUUUUAUUGUGAAGCAGCCACAGCUUCCUGUCGGCUUGUUCUCAGACCUCCGGGACUUUUAACUACUCUGUGUGUGUGAACAUACGCUCCUGUAAACUAUUCGUUCUACAUUUUGUUCCCAGUGAUAUUUGUUUUAAAUAUUAAUGAGAGUGAAAAUAAGAUUCACAGAUCAAAGUCUAAAGCUGUGAAGAGAGGAAAUUUAGCUUCAGAAGAGAUGUCCUCCCAAGUCAGACUGAGGCUGCUGCCGAGCGCCAGGUGUUUGUUCGACGAGCCCAUUCAGGUGAAGGUGUCUGGGCUGAGGUCGAGACAGGUGGUCGCCCUGAGAGCCAGGUCAACAGACGAGAGAGGGGUGGUGUUCAGCUCCUCGGCCACCUACAGGGCUGAUGGGAGCGGGAAGAUCGACCUAGUCAGUGACCCCUCACUCAGUGGGAGCUAUGUCGGGGUUGAACCCAUGGGUCUGCUGUGGUCGAUGAGGCCGGACACCCUGCACAAAAAGUUUCAAAUAAAGAAUUCACUGAAUCCUCAUGUGGUGAGGUUCUCUGUCCAUGAAGAGGAGGGGGAGGGAAGGAUGCUGGCAGAAGCGACCAAUGAGAGGAUUCUGAUUGGGGAUGGUGUCAUCCGGCGCCCUGUCAAAGAGGGGAAUAUUCGUGGAGUCCUGUUUACUCCCCCAGGAAGAGGUCCGUUCCCUGCCGUGCUGGAGCUCUACAUUUUAGGAGGAGCUUUGUCCGAGAAAAGGGCCUCUCUGCUGGCCAGUCGAGGAUUUGUGGUUCUGUCUGUUGUGGCGUACGGCCAUGAUGACAUGCCCAGGAACAUUAAAGAGCUUCAUCUGGAUUAUUUUGAGGAAGCAAUACAGUUUUUAAAAAAACAAGACAAGGUGGGCAGUAAAGGAGUUGGCGUACUUACCAUUUCAAAAACGGGAGAUGUUGCACUUUCAAUCGCCUCUUACCUGCCAGAUGUUGAGGCCACAGUGUGGAUCAAUGGCUGCUGUGCCAAUACAGCUUUACCCCUCUACUAUAAGAAAAGCCAAAUCCUCCCUGCAUUAAUGUUUGACUUGAGCAAGAUGAUUCCCACUGAGUCAGGGGCCAACAUGGUCAAGAAUGUUUUGCACAAUCCCCUGGCAGAGGAGAACAAGGCCACCCUGGUCCCCAUUGAACAAGCCAAGGGACAUUUCCUCUUUGCAGCCGCAGAGGACGACCUCAACUGGGACACUAAGGCUUACAUGGAUGAGAUGGUGGAGAGACUGAAGCAUCAUGGGAAGGAGAACUUUGAAAGUGUGAGCUACCCUGGAGCAGGACAUUACCUAGAGCCACCUUAUGGACCCUACUGCCCCUCCAGCUUUCACUGGCUUGCGUGCAAAGCAGUCCUGUGGGGGGGGGGGGCCCAGUCCCACGCAGCAGCUGAAGUCCACCUGUGGAAGAAGAUCCAGGAGUUCUUCAGAGCUCACCUGAGCGUAGAUGCUGCUCAGACUAUAGCCAAGUUAUAGGUGUAAAUACACUGAUAGAAACAUUAGAAGAAAUAAACUUGUUUUAAUGUUGAA